AUGGCUGGAAGGAGACUGUGCCAUCCAAAGAGAAUUCUACUUUGCUUAAUCCUGGUCACUGUCUGGGAAGCAUCUUAUGGGCAGAUUCACUAUCUGAUUCCUGAAGAAAUGGAGAAAGGCUCUUUUGUUGGAGAUAUUGCAAAGGAUCUCGCACUGAAUAUAAAGGAGCUGUCAAGCAGCGAAGUCCAGAUAAUUUCCAGAGGUAUGAAUCAAUAUUUUGACCUUGAUUUACGAAAUGGCCAUUUGUUUGUCAAUGAAGUAAUUGAUAGGGAACAGAUUUGCCACCAGAUGGAGAAAUGUCUGUUAAAUUUUGAGAUUCUUGUCAAGAGCAAGAUGAAGUUUUUCACCGCUGAAGUUGAAAUAGCCGAUAUUAAUGACAAUUCACCCAGUUUCCCUGUAGAAGAACUGGAGUUUAAAAUUGCUGAAAGCACAGGCCCCGGCUCAAGGUUUCUUUUACCAGAAGCUCAGGAUCCAGAUCUAGGGUCUAAUUCUCUCCAGAGCUACUAUCUCAGUAGUAACAAGCACUUCUCUUUGGAUGUACAAACUGGAGUUGAUGGAGUCAAAUAUGCAGAGCUGGUCCUUGAAACGUUAUUAGAUCGAGAAGAACAGAAAUUGCAUCAGCUGAUCCUCACUGCGGCUGACAAAGGAGAUCCCAUCAGGUCAGGUACUGUUCAAAUCCAUGUUUCUGUUACAGAUGUAAACGACAAUGCUCCUGUUUUUAGUAAGUCUCUGUACGAAGUGAGUGUUGUGGAAAAUAUCCUAAAAGGGUCCCGCAUUUUAACUUUGAAUGCCACUGAUGUUGACGAGGGAAUAAAUUCAAAGAUAAAGUAUUUAUUUAGAAAAAUUUCAGACAAAGCUUCCAAAAUAUUCCACUUGGAUUCUUCUACCGGACAAAUAUCAGUCAUUGGGAAUUUGGACUUUGAAGAUUCUAAAUUACAUGAAAUGGAAGUACAAGCCCAAGACGGGGCUGGAUUGUCUACUCGUGCCAAAGUGGUAAUAAGAAUCUUGGAUGCAAACGAUAAUGCUCCAGAGAUCACAAUUACCGCACUUUUCAGCAAGGUUCUAGAAGGUUCUCCUCCCGGAAGCGCCGUAGCCCUGAUAAAUAUAAAUGACAGAGAUGAUGGGAGAAAUGGAGAGGUCACAUGCUCCAUACCAGCAACCCUUCCAUUUCUGUUGAGGAAAUCCUUUGAUAAUUAUUAUAGUCUGGAGACAGAUCGAGGCCUGGACAGGGAGAAAGUUUCAGAAUACAAUAUCACAAUCACAGUAACGGACCAAGGGACCCCAUCUCUCUCAACAACAGCAUACUUCCCAUUAGAAAUUUUGGAUGAAAAUGACAACCCACCCAUCUUUACGACUACAAAUUUCAUUUUUCAGAUUGCAGAGAAUAACCAAAGAGGUGCUUUGAUUUUGAUUUUAAAGGCAAAUGACCCAGAUUUUGGAGAAAAUGGCAGAAUAAUGUAUUCCAUCAUUGAAACAAACAUUGGAGAUGUCCUGCUUUCAUCUUAUCUUUCUAUUAACUCUGAGUCCGGGGCUGUCUAUGCCUUGAGCUCUUUUGAUUAUGAAGAUUUCAGAGAAAUUAACUUCCAGGUCAGGGCACAAGAUGGAGGAUCCCCACCACUCAGCUCCAAUGUCUCAGUGACUCUCUUAAUUUUAGAUCAGAAUGACAAUGCUCCCCAAAUCUUGUAUCCCUCCCUGCCCAGUGUGGGAUCCACUGGAGUAGAGCUGGCCUCCCGCUCUUCUGAACCUGGAUACCUGGUCACUAAGGUGGUGGCGGUGGAUGCAGACUCUGGUCAGAACGCCUGGCUCUCCUAUCAGUUACUCAAGGCCACAGAGCCAGGGCUCUUCACCAUAGGACUCCACACUGGAGAGAUCCGGACAGCCCGUUUCUUUCUUGAUAAGGAUUCUCUCAAGCAAAACCUGAUUGUUUUAGUGAAGGACAAUGGGCAGCCAUCUCUCUCUGCCUCAGUUAUAGUCACUGUGGUGCUGGCUGACAGCAUCCCUGAUGUACUGACUGACUUGAGCAGCAUCUCAGUUCCUGUAGACCCCCAGUCGGACCUCACCUUCUACCUGGUGGUUGCUGUGGCUUUUGUCUCCUGCUUGUUUUUCGCCUUCCUGCUUGUGUUGCUGGCCAUCAGGUUGCACAGGUGGAGAACUUCUCAACUGUGUGACUCUCAAAGUAUGAAUUUCAGCGGAGUUCCAGUUUCACAGUUUGUGGGCAUCGAUGGAGUAAGAGCUUUCCUUCAUUCUUAUUGCAGUAACGGUUCACUGACCACCUGCUCCCGGAAGAGCCAAAUUCUUUUCCCCAUUGGAAGUUGUACAAGUACUCUUGAACCCCCGCAAGCGUCUGACAAAUCAGGUCCUUUAUUAACUCUGGAAGAUUCGAGCAGUGCUAAAGAACCACAGAACUCUGAACAGGUGAGUUUCACACUCUAUGAUAUAAAUGAUAAUGCACCCAUCUUCAAAGAAAGAUUAUAUACAUCAUAUUUACAAGAGAAUAACCCUACUGGAGCCUCCUUGAUGAUGCUGGAAGCAAAUGACCUGGAUUGGGGUACUAACUGUACAGUGACUUAUUCCAUUCUUGAUGGGAAUGACCUUUCAGUUUCAGUUGCCUCAUUUCUCUCAGUCAACACUGAGACAGGUGUUGUCUAUGCUCUGUGUCCCUUUGAUUAUGAACAGUUCCAGCAAAUGAAUUUCCUGGUUAAGGCCCAAGAUGGAGGCUCCCCACCACUGAACUCCAAUGUCUCAGUGACUCUCUUCAUCCUGGAUCAGAAUGAUAAUACUCCAGAAAUCUUGUACCCUUCUAUCCCCACUGAUGGUUCCACUGGAGUAGAGCUAGCCCCUCGCUCUUCUGAGCCUGGAUAUCUGGUCACUAAGGUGGUGGCGGUGGAUACAGACUCUGGCCAGAACGCCUGGCUCUCCUAUCAGCUACUGAAGGCCACAGAACCAGGUCUUUUCACCAUAGGACUCCACACUGGAGAGAUCAGGACUGGCCGUUUCUUUCUAGACAAGGAUGCUCUCAAGCAAAGCCUGGUGGUUUUAGUGAAGGACAACGGGCAGCCCCCUCUCUCUGCCUCCGUCACGGUCACUGUGGUGCUGGCCGACAGCAUCCCUGAAAGCCUCUCUGAUAUUAGCAGCAUCUCCACUCCUGCAGACCCCCAGUCGGACCUCACCUUCUACCUGGUGGUCGCUGUGGCUUUUGUCUCCUGCUUGUUUUUCGCCUUCCUGUUUGUGUUGCUGGCACUCAGACUUCACAGAUGGAGAACUUCACAGCUGUGUGAUUCUGGAAGUGUAAAUUUUAGCGGUGUUCCUGUCUCACAAUUUGUGGGGAUUGAUGGAGUCCGAGCCUUUCUUCACUCCUAUUGCCAAGAAGUUUCUCUCACUGCUGACUCUAGGAAAAGCCAAAUUUUUUUCCCUAUUGGAAGUUGUACAAAUACUCUCACGCCUCAGCAAGUUUCUGUAGAACCGGGUUUCAAAUACCUUCCAGAAGAUUUAAACAUUGCAAAUGAAGGACAAGCAUCCCAGGAGAACUUCCUAGAUGUAUCUGAGGUAAAUGGGAAUGUGCACCCCCAGGUGGGACCACUAGCUCCUCUAGACUCUGCUGCAGCUAGUGAAUUUCUCAGAGAAUUUGCCCUUCUUCCAGCAUCUGUGUUGAAAUUUUCAUCUAGUUUAACAGACAAAUGUAUGCACAAAUUCAUAGACAUAUAUCCCAGAAAUGGGCAUGAUUGUGGUGAUGAAAACAUUUAA